GCUGACCGCUAUAAAACCCGCCGCCACGGAGGAAGGGCCAGGAGACCCCGGCCGACUCGCGAGGUGGAUCUCUGCCGAAGAGGGCGGCCGUCGGGCAGGCAGGGCUAGGAGGAAGAAGGGGGAGGGACAGAGCAGCCAAGCAUCGUGUGGGGAUUACUAUUAGUGUUAUCUGUAAGCGAGGGCUUCCCUCCGUUUCUCCGCGAAGAGCGCCCUUCCCUCCACCCUCGCUCGCCUGCCUGCCUCCCUCCCGCUCUUGGCGCUCUCUCUCGCCCAGGCCAUGAUGUUCCCAAGCCUGCUUGCGCCUCCCGCCGUGUACCCCAGUCUCUUGCGACCGACCCCGACUCUCACGUUGCCUCAGACGCUGCAGUCCGCCUUCUCCGGCCCCUCCGGCUUCUUAGUGGAAGAUCUCCUGCGGAUCGGCCGGCCGGCCGGUUAUCCACCCCGAGGAAGCGCCCCGCCGCCCAGCUUGUCUCCCCCGGUCGCCGGCGUCGGGGCCGCCAGGACUGAAGCUGGGAGCUCAGCCGAGCUGGCGAGUGUCGAUUCCUCCGGCGCCAAGACUAGCUGCUCCUCCCGCUCGUCGCUCACUUCCAGCGGGGACGCCACUUUCCUGAAGUUCGGAGUCAACGCCAUCCUGUCCUCACCUCCGCGGACAGAGACUUCUCCUGCGCUGAUCCAGAACGUCCCCGUCAAGACCUUCUCCUUCCCCUACUUCGAAGGCUCCUUCCAACCUUUUAUUAGGUCGUCUUAUUUCCCAGCUUCCUCUGUGGUGCCUAUCCCUGGGACAUUCUCUUGGCCCCUGGCUGCUCGAGGGAAACCUCGCCGAGGGAUGCUCCGUAGGGCAGUUUUCUCAGAUGUACAACGAAAAGCCCUGGAGAAAAUGUUUCAGAAACAAAAAUACAUCAGCAAACCAGAUAGGAAAAAACUGGCAACUAAGCUGGGCCUGAAAGAUUCCCAGGUAAAGAUCUGGUUCCAAAACAGAAGAAUGAAAUGGAGAAACUCCAAAGAGAGAGAACUUCUGUCCUCCGGUGGCUGCCGGGAACAAACGUUACCCACAAAGUUCAACCCUCACCCAGAUCUGAGUGACGUGGGCAAGAAGGGCAUUGGGGAGGAAGAGGAGGAAGCAGGGGCAGUGUCCCCAUUGUACCCAGUCAGCCCAAGAGAUUCUUUAGGUUACCACCAGCCCACAGUUCACACACAUCAGAGAGACAGGUUGGACUCCCAGAUACUCCUCUCCCCCACACACUCCAGUAGUCCCAGUAAACCGUCAGACUUUUCAGACUCAGAAGAAGAGGAGGAGGAAGAAGGGGAGGAGGAGGAAGAUGAGGAGAUCACAGUUUCAUAGAGACCUCCUUACGAAAAAAAAAGAGGACAUUGAGGGGGUUGUUCAUAAAUUAAGGGCUAUUUGAUUGAAGAGGUAAUGCCUUUCCACAUCCAUGCAUUUCAUAUGGAAAAUGCAAUGCUCGCCAUUCAUCUACAAGACUUUUGCAUGCCACAUGCUACAUCUAUCCAAGCUCUGAAGCCUUAGCUGUUACAAUCUGUUAGGUUUUGUCUAAUCAGCCAGCAUUCUUAUUUAAAAAACUAUUUUUAAAACUAGUCUAGAAAUGUUGGAUUCCGAUCCUUAAUGUUCUCAGCCAAACCUGGCCAACACAUCUAGAAGGCAUAUUUCAUUUCAUCUUGUGCCUAUUAAACAUGUAUAUGUGGGCAUAAGGACACAGGUUUUGCCUCUUCGAUUUUCUUAGUCAAACUUUGCUGUCUUUGCAUAGCAGAUAUGAACUGUACACUAUUUUGUAUAUUCGUGUUUUAGGGGUAUUUUAUACCAGGGCUCUUGUAUGUUUACAGGUAAAGCAGAAAGCUUUGUAUAUUUGAUUGUAUAUGAUGGGAAAAUAGGAGACCGAUUGUAUAUAUGUGUUUUGUAAUUUUGUUAAACCCUAAGAGGAGCUUAGAUUUUAGCUAUGUAACUUAUAUAAGAUGUUAUUUUGUAUUCUUGCUGUGUACAGAUUUAAAUAUGUAUAUUUUACA